UCUGGCUCUGGGAUGUAGAAACUUGAUGGAGCUGCUGUGGGUCUGAAUCUGCUCCCACAAUUCAACAGGCAACAAAGGAAGAAAGGAAGAGGCCGUGAGCUACUAAGUGUUAGCCAACCUAGACAGAAAGGUGCCACCUUAUUGUGUCAUUCUAGUCGCAAUGUAUAACCGCACGUUUAGAGAAGUAUACAAUCCGGCCACAUAAACGCUUUACUCUUUUGUUUGGACGCAGGAGGCGACUAAAGGGAAGGUAACGUUGUAUGUUUUCGACAGCUAGCUGAUUGGCUUAGGUAACGUUAGUAAAGCUAACAUUAGCCAACAAUCGUCAAGGAGCGAACCUUUCAUGAACGUCUUGUACAAAACAAAUGCCAACACCACUGGGUUGUUUCACCCAGUAAGAGGAGCAGAAGUGACCGGUAUCAAAUGAAAGGUGGUGGAAGUGGAACUUGACCCAUCCAACUGAGUCACCAUUUUCCUGCACAUAAUGGGUUCGGUGGCUCCACUGUAUGCAUGACUUGUUUUGUGUGGCCUGAUGGGAGGAUACUGUGGAUAGUACUUUCAUCAGGAUACAAGGAGAGCCAUCCCAUGCCCCCACUUUGGAGGGCCUUUCAGAAUGAAGAAGAUAAGCCUUAAGACCAUCCGCAAGUCCCUCAGCAUAAAGGGCAAGGAGGAGGGGGACUUUGUCAUGCUCCCGCAGCCCUCAGUGACCACAGAGUUUUCUAAGGAGGAGUCACUUUUUGGGGGCUGCUACACCAAAGACCUUUCAGGCUGUGAUCUUGGUGGGGAAGAGGACAAAAGUGGCCAGAAUAAGGGCCGGUCCAAGAGUGAGAGCCUGAUGGGAUCACUAAAGAGAAGGCUGUCUGCCAAGCAGAAGGCAAAGGUGAAAGGUGGCUCCUCUGCCAUAGGCUCAGUGGACGAUGAAGACACCUUCUCAUCCUCUUCUGUGCCCAUUAGCUUCAAUGAGGUGAAAGCCCAGAGACCUCUAAGAUCUGCAUCACUACGAAGUCACCAUUAUAGCCCCUCACCAUGGCCUCUGCGGUCAGUCAACUCUGAUGAGGCGUGUAUCAAAAUGGAGGUAAAAGUCAAAGCCAUGGUUCACUCUCCUAGCCCUAGUCCCAAUUUAAAUGGUGUCAGGAAAGAAUUUCAUGAUUUCCAGAUGGAAGGGCUCUUUCAGGACCAAGCUGAAUCAUUAAAGAAUCUCCAGCAGCCACAAAACGGCGAGCUGCAUCUAAAUAUCGAUGAAAAUGAUGUGCCUGUGGUGCUGGGGUUGACGCCCCAGGACUACAUCCAGUACACAAUGCCUUUAGAUGAGGGAAUGUACCCGGAAGGGUCCCACUCCUUCUGCCUGGACAGCUCCUCUCCUAUGGAGGUGGUGGCUGAGGCAGACAAUGGGUCCCUCCACACAGACCAGGGACAGGAGGAACAUGAACUAGUAAGUGGGAUGCCACCAGAUCUUUUCAUGGAAACCUCAGUUAAUGGUCUUCUCAUCGGUUCUGCUGGUGUGAUGCUCCAAAGCUCAAGAGUAGAGGUCCCACCUCCCCUCUCUCCUCUCCUGCCGCCCAUGAUGAGUAAUGGACAUAUUCCCAGGACUUUUUCGGGGUUCAGCUCUUCAGACAGCCAGGUAGCUGAGAGGGUAAGACACCAUCUCAACUUUGACCCAAAUUCUGCUCCUGGAGUCAGUCGGGUUUAUGACUCAGUCCAGAGCAGUGGGCCCAUGGUCGUGACCAGCCUAACAGAGGAGCUGAAGAAGCUGGCGAGACAGGGCUGGUACUGGGGCCCAAUUACACGCUGGGAGGCAGAGGAAAAGCUGGUCAACUUAGCUGAUGGUUCAUUCCUGGUCAGAGACAGCUCAGAUGACAGGUACCUGCUCAGCCUGAGUUUCAGGUCACAGGGCAAAACUCUCCACACCCGCAUUGAACACUCCAAUGGACGCUUCAGCUUCUAUGAGCAGCCUGAUGUGGAGGGACACACGUCCAUUGUUGACUUAAUCGAACACUCUAUCAAAGACUCAGAGAAUGGAGCUUUUUGCUAUUCCAGGUCUCGCUUACCAGGGUCUGCAACCUACCCUGUCAGACUAACCAACCCAGUAUCUCGGUUUAUGCAAGUGCGUUCCCUGCAGUACCUUUGUCGCUUUGUCAUUAGACAAUACACAAGGAUAGACCUAAUUCAGAAACUGCCCUUACCUAACAAGAUGAAAGAUUACCUGCAGGAGAAGCACUACUGAGGACACAGACAGGACAGUGGUAGCAAUUUGCACUUUUGUGUUCAGUUAAGAGAUUUAAACAAGGUUUACAGACAACCAUAGUUUUGAGAUGAUUGGUUCUGGUGGCUCUUGAUUUGUGUCCAGGUGACUCCGUCACUGUUUAGUCCUCCAUUCCACUGUUCUGGGGUUUUAAGCUGGUUUUAGGAGGCUCUGUUUGCAGAGACAAAGGCCAACAGAUAAUCUAUUGCAAAAAAUAUAGAAGAGGUGUACAGUCAAGUUAUCUUAGUUGCAUACAUAAAGUGCAGACAUAAGGCAUGCAUUGAAAUGUAUGGUAAAGUGUAAUAUCCAGCUGUGCAAGAAGAGCAGGUUUUAAAUCUUCAUUGGGCCUGUGAAAAAAUACAUUUUCAUUCCAAAUUUCACAUUAGCUGGUAUUGGUGAACUUGAGAAUUCAUUUAAUUUUCCACUAAAUUGUACAUUUCGAAGAUGAUUUAAAGAAUUAAAUAGCAUUGCUAAAAUUAGAUUUGUCCAUUUUAAAAGAGUACUCCACUGAUUUUGCAUUGCACCCCUAUAAAACAAGGUUUAAAAUCAGUGCCACAGAACCAGAAACCUUUUUUUUUUUUUUUUUUUUUUUUUUUUCCCUCCACACAUUCUUCCUCCUUCUCAUAACCUGGUGCCUACAUUCCUCACAAUCCAACUCGACCACUGACAGUUCUGUUGGAGACUCGGGUGUGCUAUGCUUUUUUUUCGAAUUCCGCACACCUAUAUUUUAUUUUUUUAAUUUUUCAAAUUUGUAGUCUUCAGAGUGAGGACAACAAGUGACAUCACUUGAAGCAAAAUUCAUCAAACUUUGUGCAGCUCCCCCUGGAGCUACUUUCUUUCACAUAUGCAGUACUAGCCCCUGUUACCUGUAAACAGAGUUUAAUGUGUAAAAUCGGUGGAGUUCCCCUUUUAGCUCUUUGCAGACUGACCAAUUUUGAUCAUCUUUUGCAUUUUAUUGCUUGUCAGAUUAUGUGCCAUUACCACCUCUCUCAACCUGUUUAAAAUGCAUACUAUGUCAUUAGUCAAAUAGCAAGCCAACCUGUGAUUUUCAUGUCAAACUGAAGAAAAACCUCAUUUUCACCGGAAACUGCAUUCAUGUUGUAACCAGAUUAUUUUCAAACUUAACUAUCUAUUCAGUGGAUGCAGUUUUUUUUUCAUACAGUAUCCUCAGACACAGAUCUGGAUUUCGCUUAAAAGUUGUAACACUCACCAAAACACUAUAUUAAAAGAAUCUUGUAAAACUUGAUAAAAUCUGUUUCAGAGUCACAAGGGUGACCCAGGUCCAUGGUAUUAACAUUUUGUAGCAAAAGCUGUCCAAAAUUCACCAGUCUGUCAGAGGUUUUAAACAGUUUGGUCAGAGAAGAAGCUUUAAAUUGUAUGGCUGCAUGUAGCCAUUGUAUAAUACGCAAGCCUAAAGGUACUGAUAAUGCUGGAUUUUCAUGUCGUGCUGUUUGUAGAAACAGCAUUAAGUUGAUGUAUAGACCUUUUUGAAAAUAAGUUAACAUUAAAGUAAAUCUUUCUGCAUUAGGAAUGUUACAAAAACUGCACUGCAGCUCAGGCCUAACAACUUUGUCACUAUCUGUAAUGCUUGUAUCCGCAUGUAGUAAAGGCUUUAAGACUGUCCAUUAAGGGCACUUGACUUGAUCUAAAUGAGAGAAGAUGUCACACAGUAAAAUGCUAAAGAUUUUGGCUGUGUUGUUUAAGUGCAACUCUGAGUAAAUGGUUGUUUAAUGCACAAUUGCAUUUAACUUAGGCAGUUUAUAUGUAAAGAAAAUUACCCUCAAUUACACUACAACUUAAACGGACCACCAGUCAAUUGACCUGAAUCUGUAUGUAGGUAUGGCUGUUUCUUAGUCUCUUGAUGUCAGCAAAGAGCUGGACCCAGAUCAAAGGAAUCACAAAAAUGAGUGGUGGUGUGAGCUUAGGUAAAAGGAUUUGGGAAAGCCAGAGGUUAAGUCCUCCUUGCCAUCUUGGAGUGAUGCCAAGGUUUCAGCAUACAACAAAAGUUCCAUCACAGCUGCAUGGCAUCAUUAAUGUCAUAUGGGUUUGAGGGACUUUUUUUUUUUUUUUUUUAAAUAACAAAAAAAAAAAAGCAUAAAUUUUUGCCAUCGUCCCUACAGAGCUCCACCACCCCACAGAUUGUCUCUCUACUGGGCUGUUCGUACCAGAGUAAAGGGAAGAGCACACAGUAUGCUACGCAAGUGCUUUAUAUGGAUACUUUGACAGGGAAUUGUGUUUUCACAUUAUGAAUGAGCAUCUUUUUUGACAUCAGUGUCCUUAAAAGUAUUUGGAAAUGGUCUCUCGGACAACUUUGGUAGGUCGUUAGCGCAUAGUUCUAGUUUUUAGUUAGCUGGAAAUGUUGGUGUCUGUUACCAUGAAUCUAGCACAGCAGAAAUUAGAUAGGAACUUUGACUGGUGUUGCAUGUUUAAAGUCUUAGCAUUUUAAAAGCUUUGAGUUGUAUAGGAAUGAAGGGUCUAGGUUGUGUUUGGCUGUGUAGAGGGAUGUUUUUUUUCUGUCACAAACAUUGGCUGGACAUUUUGUGUACAAGAAAUGUAUUUUUCUUUUAGAAUCCUUUUAGUGAGUUGUUUUUUUUUGUGACAUUUGCCAUCUGGGGGAUGGGGCUGUACAAAAGGAAUGUACGCUUGUUUGAGGUAUCCAUUUUAUCUGCCUGCAGACCAGUUUUCAGAAAGCAUGAGAAUCAUAAAAACAUUGAACCGUUUUUUUGCACUUGAAUAUUCUCCAUUGACAUGCUUGGAUCCUCUCCUACCUAUAGUUGUCCUUCAGAUGGCGGAUUUAAAAAAAAAAAAAGAAAAAAAGAAAGAAAUAAAGUCACACAUUUGUCCUUAUCUGCUCAUAUAACUGUUUAGAUGAAAUCAAGAUUGUUUUGUUUUUGUCAUAUCUGUGGGAUAUAAAGGGUAAGGCACCAGCAUCAUAUCAAAGCCUCUGCUUAUGCUCAUGGGCUGUCAAGGAAUGGGAUCAUGGCAAGAAUGUGGAUGUAAAUUUGAUUUUACUCUUUCUUUUUGGGUGUAUGUGUUGAAAUGUGAAAGUAAAAUGUUAGUCUUUUUUUAAUACAAUGUUCUUUUAAUUGUAUUUCCAUUUUAAUUUGCAAUUUGUCAUCACAUUUUGACAAGCAGGAACCAGUUUCAUAUGGUGUUGCUGCUGUGACUUUUCUAAAUACUUUAUUGUUUAUUAUUAAGCAUUAUUGCCUUCAUUGUGUGAUUCCAGAGGUUGAUGCUUGUUCAGACUGCUGAAGCAUUUUGAAUUGAUAACAGCUGUUAAGCACUUAACAAGCUCCAACAUUUUUUUUUUUUUUUUUUUGGUGCAUCUCGGUGAGUGAAGGUGAUUGUUUACAGCAUUAUGUUUGGAAAUGCCCCUCCCUUCCCUUCCCCGUUUGUUUACCUUCUCUCACAUGAACAUCUUGGUACAAUUUGAAGACUCUUUAUUUCAUUUUAAUGUGUUAUACACAUUUGUGCUGCUUAUGGAUAUGAUUGCCUUUCUUGUAUUUAACAAUGGGGAAAUAGAAUGUCACCAAUUUUAGAUGUAUGUACACAUAAUGACUUUGGUUAUCAUCUUGGGAGAGCAAAGCAGAUUUGCAAUUUGUUAACAACUGUGUAGUCAGUUAAAAGAGCAUUAGUAGCGAUUAGUAAAACCCUCUGUAGAAUUACCAGUUCACUCCAGUUUACAUUGGUUGUCAACUGUCAACUUUCCAAAGUAGAUGGUCUUUUUGUAUUUUUUUUUUUUUUUUUCUUUUU